CAAAGGAGUAUUUGAAGAACACACCAAGAUAAUAUUUAAAAUAAGAUUGUUGCUUUUUAUAAUUUAUAUACAUAUAUGUAUAAAGAUGUAAACAUAAAGUAUGGCAACGUGUCAAAAUGGCCGAUCUCAACAAAGAACUAAACGAAUAUCUUCUUAGCAGUAAAAAUGAAAAGCAAUUUAAAAUUACCGUACCUUCGGUGACAAUACCGAAAGCGAACAUUGGAAAAUGGUUCGGAAGAAAUGAAGACGACAAGGAAGAGACAGGAUGGAUCCAUGGAGCACAAAAGGAAUGUUGUCCUAGUAUGACAAGAAUACAAAGGUUAAUAGCUUUUGUCGUAUGCUUUUCUAUGGGUGUACUUUGUUUCUGUCUAUCAGCGGUAUAUGUUCCAGUUCUACUAAUUAAAGCGAGAAAGUUUGCACUUUUGUACACUUUAGGAAGCGUCUUCUUCCUCUCAAGCUUUUGCUUCCUUUUGGGUCCAUUAAGUUAUUUAAAAUCAUUAUUCACUGCUGAAAGAAGGUGUUUCAGUAUGUCCUACUUUGCAACUUUAAUAGGAACACUUUAUUGUGCUCUACAUUUGCAGUCUACCCCAUUAACAGUAUUCUGUGCUGUCUUGCAAUUAAUAGCUAUGCUAUCAUUCUUGAUAAGUCAUAUACCAGGAGGAAUUAAAGGUCUAAUGUUUUUUACAAGAAUGUUCAAGUCUUCUGUGAAUUCUACAUUGCCUGUAUGAUAUCUUAGUGACUUAGAUAUUAAAUAUAUACAUGAAAUUAACAUUA